UCGGCGCCGGGAUGUAACUUCCCGGCAGAUGUUAAAGUAGCAGAAGGUUGGGGUUUCACUGCGUGAAUUCUGUUCCAGCCACUCUCCUUGGCAGCGUUCUCGGAGAGGUCGGUUCUUCGGGGCCCGUUUCCGCCAGCACGGACCCGACGGGGCCGACGUCCCGCCGCCUCUCGGCCGGGCGCUGAUGCCCGCUGCGCCCGAGAGGCCCCGCAGUGGGCCCGAGUCAUGAGCUUGCUGGGCUGCCUCACCCCGUCGCCGCGGGCCGCGCCGCAGUCCGCCAAGGCCAGGAUGAAAAAGCCCCCAAAGCGGAGCCAGAACGAGAAGUACCGGCUCAAGUACCUGCAGCUGCGCAAAGCCGCCAAAGCCACGGUGUUUGAAAAUGCUGCUAUUUGUGAUGAAAUUGCUCGUCUUGAGGAAAAAUUUCUUAAAGCAAAAGAAGAAAGACGUGUCCUUGUUUUUAUUCUGCUUGCUUGUUCUGAGGAACUUCUUAUUAAUGAAAGAUCUCAAGUCCUACCCGAGACCUACUGGAUCAAAAACUCUGUGGAUGGGGCCUGGAAUCUGUGUUUUAGCAAAUCCUCUGUGUGAUUCAGAUUCAUCUGAGAACCACCAAUGGAGUUCCUGGUCCCAGCACGUGAGCUGAAGUAAAGCAUUUUCCUAACCCAGAGGGAAGAAAGAGCACCUUUUUCAACUGCCUUAGGAGGGAGGAAAAUUAGAAUGAGUAUGUACAGGCGAAGACGGUCAGUUGUAAUGCUUAUGGCUACAAAAUCCAAGAGCUUGUGAAUAGGUGCUGAAUAAAGAGAGUUUGAUGAGAGCAGGUUUGUUGCACCACGUGAGAUGGUUGAUGGUGUUGUGGUUACAGGAAGACAUGCUGACCUUUGCCACUGGGUGGGUCAUGACACCACCAAUAUCUAUUCCUACACAAACCAAGUGUUGCCAGAAAACAGACCUGAGAGACAGAUGCCAUAGUAACAUCAGGCCACGAGUAUUAAACCAGAGGUCACUAACAACAAAGGAACAGGAGAAAAAUGUCUUGCACUUAAAAUUAGUGAAACUGAGUGUACAUGGAAAAUCCUACACACUCUACCAAAAAACUGCUCAAACUAAUUAAUGAAUUUGGCAAAACAGCAGGAUACAAAGUCAAUAUCCAGAAAUCAAAGGCAUUUUUGUAUACUAACAAUGAAUCAGCAGAAGCAAAAAUCAAGGAAAAAUAUCCCAUUCAAUAUAGAAAAAAGAAAAAUAAAAUAUCUGGGAAUAAACCUAACCAAGGAGGUAAAAGACCUGUAAGCAGAAAACUACACAGCACUGAAGAAAGAAAUCAAGGAAGACACAAACAAAUGGAAACAUGUACCUUGUUCAUGGAUUGGAAGAAUUAACAUCAUCAAAAUGUCCAUACUACCCAAAGCAAUAUACACAUUCAAUGCAAUACCUAUUAAACUGCCAAUGGCAUAUUUCACAACAUAAAACAAACACUUAAAAACUUAUAUGGAAUCAUAAACGAGCCUGAAUAGCAGCUGCUCUUUUGAGAAAGAAGAACAAAGUAGGAGGGAUCACAAUACCUGAUAUCAAACUGUAUUAAAAACCCACUAUAAUCAAAACAGCCUGGUACUGGCAAAAAAAACAGGCACAUAGACCAAUGGAACAGAACAAAGAGCCCAGAAAUCAACCCAACUCUCUACAGUCAAUUAAUAUUUGACAAAGGGGGCAGUAACAUAAAAUGGAGUAAGAUAGCCUCUUUAACAAAUGGUGUUGGGAGAACUGGACAGCUACGUGCAAAAAAAUGAAACUUGAGCAACUUACACCAUACACCAAAAUAAAUUCAAGGUGCAUAAAAGACUUAAAUAUAAGCCGUGACACCAUUAAAGUCCUAGAGGAGAACAUCGGCAAGAAAAUCUCAGAUAUUGCACCCAGCAACUUUUUUACUGAUAUGUCCCCUAGAGCAAGGAAUAUAAAGGAAAGAAUAAACAAAAGGGAUCUCAUCAAAAUUAAACGCUUCUGCCUGGCUAAAGAAAACAUUAUUAAAUUAGCAAGACAACUGACUGUAUGGGAAAACAUAUUUGCCAAUGAUACCUCAGACAAAGGUUUAAUCUCCAAAAUAUACAAAGAACGUACACCACUCCACUCUAAGAAGGCACCCAACCCAAUUUAAAAAAUGGGAAAAGGACUUGAAUAAACGCUUCUCCAAGGAGGACAUACAGAAUAUCCAGAGACACAUGAAGAGAUGCUCAAUAUCGUUAGCUAUCAGAGAGAUGCAAAUUAAAACCACAAUGAGAUACCACUUUACACCAGUCAGGAUGGCUAUCAUAAACAAAGCAACAAACAACAACUGUUGGAGAGGUUGCGGGGAAAAGGGCACCCUAGUUCACUGUUGGUGGGAUUGCAGACUGAUACAACCAUUAUGGAAAACAGU